AUGAGCGUUUUUGUCAACGGGGACUAUUCUAAAUCGUACGCAAAGCAUCAACUAUGGCGUUUGCGUCUCACUAACAAUGCACAAAUUGCUAAAAUAGCCGCCUUUAAACAUAUAGCUUAUCUGUACGAUAUCGACUUUUGGUCGGAACACCUAAACAUCUAUGCACCAAUUGAUGCUCGUGUACCACCAGAAGCAUUUAAUUAUUUCGCUGAUUUCUUGGUAUCGGACGGCGUGAAAAUCGAAUAUGUGAUACAUAUGAAUGACAUCGGGGAAAUAGUUGAGAGGCAAAGUAUUAUGCCCAAAAUAUCUCGAUCAUCGUCAAAACUAAAUGAUUUUGCCUAUGACACGUACCAUACUCUAGAAGAGAUUCAUAGUUGGAUUGAUCAAAUGACUUCGACUUAUCCAGAUAUGGUUACACCGUUUACUGUUGGUAAAUCGUACGAAAAUCGAGAUGUUAGAGGCUUUAAAAUUUCAUCAAGCAAAACAGCAGCUAAACACGAUGGCACCAAAGUUGCUGCAAAGAAGGCUGUCUGGUGGGACGGAUGUAUUCACUCUCGAGAAUGGAUCAGUUCAGCAACAGUCAUCUACAUUGCCUACUCUCUUUUGUCAAAGUACGGUCAUGAUUCGGAUAUCACUCAUUUAGUUGAUCAAUUCGAUUAUUAUAUUUUGCCUGUAUUCAAUGUUGACGGCUAUGCAUAUACAUGGACAACAGAUCGAUUAUGGCGUAAAACGCGUAGUCCAACAUCGAAUGCUUCUUGUUAUGGCGUUGAUCCCAAUCGUAAUUGGGAUUAUCAUUGGUGUGAAAAUGGUGCUUCACAGGAUCCUUGUUCGGAUAGUUUCUGUGGUGAUAAAGCAUUUUCAGAAAUUGAAGUAGCUCAAGUAGCAAAAUUUAUCAUGGAUCGCCAGGAUACAAUUGUGCACUACAUCAAUUUUCAUGCAUUCUCACAAUUGUGGAUGUCAGCAUGGGCUUAUACAGCCACGCCACCGCCACACUUCAAACUACAAGAUGACGGCUCAAUUCAAGCCGUCAAUGCACUUCGUGCUGUACAUGGUACCCAAUAUCACCAUGACAGUAUUGCUCAAAUUAUCUACGUUGCAUCGGGUAGUUCAAUAGAUUGGACGUAUGGUGCAUUAAAUAUCACAUUUAGCUAUGGUGUUGAACUUCGUGAUACUGGUACAUUUGGAUUUUUACUGCCCGCCGAUCAAAUCAUUCCGACUGGUGAAGAAACAUUGGCUGCUCUAUCAGCCCUACUUCGUUACAUUGAAAAACAUGUCUAUGCAAGUGCCAAACGAAGUCAUCGCCAAGGUAUUUUUCAAACUAAUGGCAACUUAACAACAGCACACUAUCUUGACAAAUACAUUCAACAGAUGGAUGUCAAAUACAUUGGAGGCGAUGUUCCAUGGACGCUUCCAUUUGGUGAUCAUUUUAAUUCGUCCAGUUAUGCUUCGUUCACUGAUACAAAUAAAACUAACUUCAGUAAUGCAAGCGAUUUAGAAAUCAUUGCUCGUCGAUAUGAAUUCGAACCAUUGUAUUCAGUCAGCGAAAACCAAAUACAGACAAAACCUCCGAUUUGCAAUACUAAUACACAAUGGAUGAAUUCAGGCGUUCUAUUUGCUGAUAAAACAAUAGAACCCUAUGUCACCGGAAUUCAUCAAACAGAUUUUUCUGACGAUCACGGACAUACAUUUUGUUAUCUAUGCUCAAUUAAUCAACACCAUCAUGAACCAACGAGACCACGCGAUCAAUCAAAACGACGAAAAUUAAUUCCCUACGAUAAUCCAAAAGCGCUUCGAACUCGAUCAGCAUCGUUAGAUCGAAUUCCUCAAAAUCCAUCAAGAUUGGAUUCAAUACCUUAUCGAUUCAUUGUCCGAACUGGCACUAGAAAAAAUAGUGGUACAAGAGCUCAAAUAUUUUUAUAUAUGUACGGAACUGAAAGAAAUUGGACGUCGGUUAAUUUGCAUGCGCGUGCUAAAGGAAGCCCUGAUGGUUUUCCAACUGGAUCAGUACGAACGUUUUGUCUUCGAGGGCCUGAUAUUGGUCAAUUACAUUAUUUAAAUGUUAAUCUUGUUGGUGCUCGUUCAGAUAAAGAAUGGUUUCUAAAAGAAAUUGAAAUAACGAAUCUAGACACAUCUGUUAGUUGGCUAUGUGAAUUUAACUGUUGGCUACCGAAAAAACCUGACGAAGAAAAUGGCCCCAUAAGAUCAACUGUUCAACCAAAACGAAAGUCACCUACAAGACAACCAGAUAUUCCAAUCGAUAGUCUCUCCGUUUAUAUAUUACAAGUUCGUACUGGUGGAAAGCCUUUUGCUGGUACUGAUUCAAAUAUUCAAGUUACUAUUCGUGGAUCAACAAGUCAAACGCAAAAAUUAGCAUUAACAAGUGCUCGAGCAAAUCUAUUCGAACAAAAUCAAGUAGAUACAUUUGCGAUUGUCGGAUGGGAUAUUGGGGAUUUAGCUGAAAUAACUGUCGAAUCGGAUAAAAGUCAAUUAGCAGCUGAUUGGGAUCUUCAAGAAAUGGCAAUGUGGAAGAUCGUACCUAAUGCAGAUAAUAACCAUUCAAUGGUUUAUUUUCCAUUCAAUACUUGGCUGGGAAAAUCAAAGAGUAAAUUAAAAGCAAAAAGAGAAACAUAUCCAUCUACUGAUCAUCAUAUCAAUGGACCUAUAUGUUAUCAUAUAGUAGUCAAAACUGGUAAAGAUUUCGGAGCUGGUACAGAUGCAAAUGUAUUUAUAAUUAUCUAUGGUAAAAGCGGACGAACGUGCGUUCAUCUUCUUGAUAAUAAGUUAAAAAAUGAUUUUGAAGCCAAUAGAACAUCAGAAUUCACUAUCAUGGAUAUCGAUGUUGGAAAAAUCGAUCGAAUAAAAGUCUGGCAUGAUAAUAGUGGCGUCGGCGCGGCUUGGCUACUUGACUCGAUAGUAGUUCGUAAAAAAUACUCAACCUGCCGUUCAAUAGCAGACAUAUUCGUUCAACGUCUUGAAACCAUAAGUCACGCUUUAUAUCGGAAAACAUUUGAACAAGUAAAAAAAGAUUAUGCUUUACGAUUGUCGUCAACAAAAGAAAACGCAUCACGUUCAAGUGAUCGACGAAGUGCGAAAUCAAGAGACUAUGAUGAUUUAGCAAGUAGCCGUGGUAUUUUACGUAGUCCAAUUGUAAAUGAUAAAGGAAAUUUAAAUAAAAAAGUGACAUGGGACGAGCAAAGCUUAGGUUCACAAGAUGACCCAUUUUCAAUCAAUACAAAACGAAUGAGAAACAUGCAACAAACAAUCGAAAAAUCACGUCGAACCAGCGCUUCACCGCCUCAAAUGGAAAGUGGCCAUUUUGAACAUACUGCCUAUUGGAUAUCGUCGCAUAGUUACGAUGAUAAAAAAUGGCACAUUACCUCCAUCGAAGAACUGAAUCAAUUAGAUUUAGACCAAUCAACACGCAAUGCACUCUUAGUCGAUCGUGCAGCAGCAAAUCCUAAAAUAAAAACUCCAAUCAAUGAAAAGGAUGAUGAUGUUUAUGAGUUUGAAGCUAAAUCGUGGCUAAAGAAAGAUAAAGACAACAGUAAACCUGAAGUAAUCCUUACACCAAAAUCAGUUCAAUUAUCAACAACGACAAAGAAAUCAUCAACCGAGAUGAAAAGCGAUUUACAAAAACGACCGAGUUCAUCUCUAUCAAAAACAUCGUCUGACCAUCGUCCGGAUAAGCCCAUUGAGCGCGAUUCGAAACUUUCAUCGCAAUUUGAUCUAGGUCCAUUAGAGAGAUCGCCUAGAGGUUUAGGAUCAUUAGAUCGGCAAUUACGUGAUAUAUCAAAAACACAAUUUGAUGAUUCACAACGAACUGAUAAAAAACAUGUAAGCGCACCGAAACGAGAGGAAGAAUCUUUCAGUGAUAAAUAUCAUCGGUCACCCUCGUCACCUCAUAGCAACACUAGUAUAAAAAUUCCAUCAGCAAACGAACGAGAAUUAUUAUCGAAAGCUUCCAAUGAAUCCGCUCAUCGUUCUCGUUCAGCCAUUUCUUCCUUGAUCAAUACACCGCUUUCAACACUACCGACUCAACCAUUAAAAUCACCGAGAUCUAGUAAAGAACCAAUCAGUAAUCGAGAUUUAUCGGACCGAAUGCCAACUGAAUCGACAUCGAAAGUAGUCGCACGUACUACUGUUGAGAGACCAUCACAUAAAACAACUCGAAGUCAAGUCUAUAGCUCAGCGUAUGGCACUACACCGGCGGACGAUUUUUAA